AUGGCUGCCAUCUCCCUUCUCUAUAAGUAUUAUGCAUCUAUACACCAACUCCAAACUCAAAUCACUCUGAUUUCGGCACAUAGUUUGUUUGCCAAUCGUCGAUAUCUGGAUUUUCGUGUCAAAAAUGGUUAACGACAGCGCCAUGGACACACAAGAUCAGCAAUAUAAUGACAAGGUUGACAGCAGGACCGAAAAGGAGAAAGCCAUCGAUGCCUGGCUUCCGAUAACAUCAUCCAGGAAUGCGAAAUGGUGGUACUCCGCCUUUCACAAUGUCACGGCUAUGGUUGGAGCCGGUGUUCUCAGUCUCCCAUAUGCAAUGUCCGAACUCGGCUGGGGUCCUGGUAUUGCGGUUUUAAUCAUAUCAUGGGUUGUGACACUAUACACAUUAUGGCAAAUGGUUGAAAUGCACGAAAUGGUACCUGGGAAACGAUUUGACAGAUACCAUGAGCUUGGACAACAUGCUUUUGGGGAAAAGCUCGGUCUUUAUAUCGUGGUUCCACAACAAUUGAUUGUUGAAGUUGGUGUGUGCAUUGUUUAUAUGGUCACAGGAGGAAAAUCCUUGCAGAAAUUCCAUAAAUUGGUUUGCGACGACAACUGUAACGAUAUGAAACUUACCUAUUUCAUCAUGAUCUUUGCCUCGGUCCAUUUCGUUCUGUCCCAUCUCCCUAAUCUUAAUUCCAUCUCUGGAGUCUCCUUGGCUGCAGCAGUCAUGUCCCUCAGUUACUCAACUAUCGCGUGGUCUGCUGCCUUGAAUAAGGGUGUGCAGCCAGAAGUGGAUUAUGGAUACAAAGCGAAGAGUACAAUUGGGACCGUGUUUAACUUCUUUAGUGCAUUGGGUGAUGUUGCUUUUGCAUAUGCUGGUCACAACGUGGUGUUGGAAAUCCAAGCCACUAUACCGUCGACUCCUGAGAAGCCAUCAAAGGGUCCUAUGUGGAAAGGAGUGAUCGUUGCAUAUAUAGUAGUCGCCAUAUGCUAUUUCCCAGUUGCUCUUAUUGGGUAUUAUAUUUAUGGAAAUGGGGUUGACGAUAAUAUCCUUGUGACUUUGAACAAGCCCACAUGGCUAAUCGCCAUGGCUAAUUUGUUCGUUGUAGUUCACGUCAUUGGUAGUUACCAGAUAUAUGCAAUGCCUGUAUUUGAUAUGAUGGAAACUGUGUUGGUGAAGAAGUUGAACUUCGCCCCUAGUUUUACUCUUCGAUUCAUUACAAGGAAUGUAUAUGUUGGAUUAACAAUGUUCAUAGGUAUUUGCUUCCCUUUCUUUGGUGGACUGCUUGGUUUCUUUGGAGGAUUUGCAUUCGCCCCAACAACAUACUUCUUGCCCUGCAUCAUGUGGCUUGCCAUCUACAAACCAAGAAGGUGGAGCUUAUCUUGGAUAGCUAACUGGAUAUGUAUCGUAUUUGGAGUUUGUUUGAUGAUCUUGUCACCUAUUGGAGGUUUAAGGUCAAUCAUCGUCCAGGCCAAAACCUACAAGUUUUUCUCAUAAACAUCUAUACAAAUGAAGUUGAGGUUUCAUGUAUGACUUAGCAUAAACAUCGUGGUGAUACUAUAAGCUAUUCGGGAAUAUUAUGGUUGAAAAGAGUGUUUAUAAGGAAAAAAGGAGUCUUGCCACGGAAUUCACAAAAGAUACUGUCUGCAGAUAUACAAGCAGUUUUUUUAAAAGUGUUUACUUCAAAGUAAUUGUGUGUGCAUAUUCUUAUACAUAUUUCCACUUGAAUUUGUAGAUUUGAAUUUAUCCUGAAGUUAGAGUUGUGUUCGCUAUCUAUUUAGCACAAUGCUUGUGUCCUUUUGAUCUUUGUUUGUAAUAUGAUUCAAAGUAAUGAACAAAAUACCAUAUCAAAAGUUGCAUCUUA